AUUUCCGCACAUCCAAACAAGCCGUAAGAGGAGAGAGGGAUUCUAGUCCAGGAUUCUGCCAUUCUCUGUUUAUCACUCAUUUUUCACAAAGUCAUCUUCGUAAACUGCGUCUCUGCGAGCUGCUGCAAGAAAAGAGAGCCAUUCUCAGAAAUCAUUACAUAUAAGAAAAGCACUUCUAGAUCGCUGAAAAGAAGUGUUGUUGAUUUCUCCUUCUGUAUAUCAAGUUAAAAAAAGAAGAAGAAGAAGAAGAAGAAGAAGAAGAAGAAUUUCCUUUCAUUUACAUUUUCACUUGAUUCUUUCUUGUUUUUCUGUCAUUUGCUGUUGAUUUCUCCUUCUGUAUAUCAAGUUAUCAACAAAAGAAAAUUAAAAAAAAAAAAAGGCAGGAAAUGGCUCUGGAAGUUGUGAAUGCCAUCGUAUCCAAAGUUUCUGGGUUGCUUGUUGAACCCAUUGGGCACCAGAUCGGCUACAUGUGGACCUACAGCAGCAAUGUUCAGAAUCUUAAAGAUGCAGUUGAGAAGCUCAAAGGUCAAAGACAGAGUGUGAAGCACUGUGUAGAUGAGGCUAAAACACGUGGGGAAGAAAUUGAAGAAAUGGUAGACAAGUGGUUCGGAAGUGUGGAUGAGACGACUUUAGAGGCAGAGGAUAUUCUUCAGGAUAACGACACUGCAAGCAUAACGUGCUUCACGGGAUUGUGUCCCAAUUUGGAGACACGCUACCAGCUCAGUAGGAAAGCUAAGAAGAUGAAAGAGGUAGUUGUUGAAAUCCAAAAAGGCGGCAAUUUUGAUAGAGUAUCUCACUAUACCUCCCCACAAUGGACGGGGCCUUCCAAAGAUUAUGAGGCCUUUGAAUCGAGAAUGUUAGUGUUGAAGAGAAUUGUGGGGACCUUAAAGGAUGAUGAAGUUAACAUGAUUGGGGUGUACGGGAUGGGAGGCCUGGGUAAAACCACCUUAGUGAAAGAGGUUGCUUCUCUAUUGAAGGAAGAGGGAAUAUUCAGAAAGGUGGCUCUGGCAACCGUAACCCACAUUGUUGAUAUAAAAAGAAUUCAACAAGAAAUUGCAGUGGUUAGGUUGCAAAUUGAUUGAUGAGAAUGUUAACGUACGAGCAGCUUGAUUGAGUGAGCAUCUCAGAUGACAGGAGAAAAUCCUAAUAAUUCUGAAUGAUAUUUGGGUGAGUAUCAAAGUGGAGAAAAUAGGAAUUCCAUUUGGAAGUGAUCAUAAUAAAGGAUGUAAGAUAUUGAUGACCUCUAGAAAUCAAAAUGUAUUUUUGGAGAUGGAUGUGUCGAGAGUUUUCCUGCUUGAAGUUUUACAAGAUAAAGAGGCAUGGCAUUUGUUUCAGAAGAAGGUAGGCGAUGUGAAACAUCCCAAUUUGGCUAUUGAAGUAGCAAAGAGAUGUACUGGUUUACCUAUUCUAAUUGUGGCUGUUGCAACUGCAUUGAAAAAUAAGCAGUUGUUUGAAUGGAAGAAUGCCUUGGACCAACUAAAAAGGUUUGAUGAGAGCGAAAUAGAUGAGAAAGUUGCGUCUGCUCUAAAGUUGAGUUUCAACUCUUUGAAAGGUGAGGAAAUCAAGUCAUUGUUCUUACUUUGUGGAAUGAAUGUAUUUUAUAGCUAUCAAGUCAAGGACUUGCUGAAAUAUGCAGUGGGCUUGGGUUUAUUCAAACGAAGCAAAACGUUAGAGGAAGCCAGAAAUAGAUUUUACAAAUAUGUUAGUGAUCUCAAAGCUUCUUGUUUGUUGCUAGAAGGCAUCCAUAACGGACAAGUCAGGAUGCAUGAUGUUGUUCGCAAUUUUGCUAUCUCAGUUGCAUCCACUGAUCAUCAUGUCUUCAAUUUAGCAUUUGACACUGUAUUGGAAUGGCCAUCAAAGGAUAAGCUUGAACAGUGCACUGCAAUAUAUUUGCGCCAAUGUGAGAUUCCUAAGCUUCCUGCAGCAUAUGAAUGUCCGAAACUCGAGUCAUUUAUACUGUUCAGCAAGAACCCCUUUCUAAAAAUUCCAGACGACUUUUUUAGUACAACCAAAAAACUCAAAGUCCUGGAUCUGACAGGAAUUCAUUUAUCAGCACUGCCUUCGUCACUUCAAUUUUUCAGAACCUUGAAACAUUAUGCCUAGAUUAUUGUGUUUUGGAAGAAUUAUCUGCAAUCGGAGAGCUAAGCAAGUUACAAAUUCUCAGCCUUUUGGACUCUACUAUUGUUCAGCUGCCAAGAGACAUUGGGAAAUUGACAUGUCUAAGGCUAUUGGAUUUAUCCAAUUGUUCAAGCCUUGAAGUGAUUCCACCAGAUGUCUUGUCACGCUUGACCCGAUUAGAAGACUUAUAUAUGGGAUGCAGUUUUGUACAGUGGGAGGGUGAAGAACAUGAUGCUCCAAGAGAAAAUGCUAACCUGGCUGAAUUGAAGCUUUUGACAAACUUAGUCAGUUUGGACAUUCAUAUCAUUGAUGCAAAGAUCCUUCCCAGAGAUCUAUUCUUUGAAAAGCUGGAAAGAUUUAACAUAGUUAUCGGGGACAUAUGGGAUUGGUCAUGGGAAGAAGAAACUUCAAGAACAUUGAAACUCAAGCUCAAUACAAGGAUUCAGUUGAAAAGCAUAAAACUCCUCCUGACGAGAACUGAAAAUCUAUAUUUGGAUGACCUGAAAGGUGUAAAAAAUGUCAUCUGCGAAUUAAACGGGCUUGGUUUUCCUGAGUUGAAACAUCUGCACAUCCGAAAUAGUCUUGAUAUUCAUUAUAUCAUAGACUCAAUUAGGCUGGGACCUCAGGUUGUUUUCCCCAGAUUGGAAUCAUUGAUCCUUGACCAUCUAAUUAACUUGGAGAAGAUAUGUUGCGAUGAGCUUGAGGCCAACUCUUUUAGCAGCUUAAGAAAGUUAAAUGUGAAACAUUGUGAUAGUUUGAAAAACCUCUUUUCAUUCUCUAUGGCUGGAGGCCUUGCACGACUAGAAGAACUCAAUGUGAGCAAUUGCAAACUUAUGGAAGCGAUUUUUGCCAAGGAAAUUGGAGAUGAUUCUGGCAAUGUACUUAUUGAGUUGACUCAAUUAUGCACGCUAACACUAGAAUAUCUACCUAAGUUGACAAGCUUUAUCUCCCAAUUCAAGGUUCCUUCUACACCUAAUGCAGCAUCUGAUGAAAUUGUGUCAGUAGAUCAUGAACCUGAAACUCGUGCCAAUUUUCAAUAGAAAGAGACUAAAAAUAAUUUGUUCAUGGACAAAAUUGUGCGAGCAGAUUACAUUUCCCAAUUUGGCAGAGCUAAAACUGUCUUCGGUAAGUUUGGAGAAGAUAUGGUGCAACCAACUUAUACAACUAUCUCCGCGUUUAACAAUCUUGAAGGUUGAUGGAUGUGAGAAUUUAAACUAUGUAUUUCCAUCUCCUGUGGUUGAAAGUCUUGCACAACUCACAAGGCUAGAAAUAUGCAAUUGUGAGUCAGUGGAAGAAAUAAUAGCUACACAAAGAUUAGGAGAAACAAUGAUCAAGAUUUCAUUUCCAAAACUGGACCUGCUAAAGCUCAGUGAUCUUCCAAAACUAACAAGUUUUUUCAGUGGUAACUUGAUUGAAUUCUCUUCUUUGAAAGUUCUGGUGAUAGACAAUUGUACACAAUUGAGGACAUUUGUUUCCAGUUCUGAAAGUACAGAUGUGGCAUCUAGCAGUGAAUCUGGACAAGCAAACUCACUUCUUUUUGAUGAGAAGGUUGCAUUUCCUAGCUUGGAGGAGUUGCAUAUUAUGUCCUUGCCUAAGUUGAAAAUGAUACGGGAUGAUCAUAUCCAAACAAAUUCAUUCAGCAAGUUAAAAUUACUGAAGGUGGAAGAUUGCGAGGAGUUACUGAAAAUUUUUCCAUCAAAUAUACAUGAGGAUUCUCCAAAAACUCUCUUGUUUUCAAACCUAUGUUGAGUGGAUGUUAGGAUAUGUCCUAGUCUGAAUAGUCUCUUCCCACCUUCAAUUGCAAGAAAUCUUCCACAACUUGAAAGGAUUUCUAUUGUUGAUUGUGGGUUGGAGGAAAUUGUUUCAAAGGAGGAAGGAUUAGAAGCAACUCCUAAGUUAGCGUUUCAUCAACUAAAGUCCUUGGAACUUUGGGUUUUAAAAAAAUUAAAGUUUUUCUACCCUGGAAUACAUGCAUUAGAAUGUCCAAUGCUGAAGCGCUUGGAAGUGGUUCAAUGCGACAAUUUUAAGAUUUUUGCUUCUCAAGGUCAGGAGUUGGAAGAAACACACGUGGAGAGCCAACUUCAAAUUCAAGUUCAACCUUUAAGAAAGGUUAUUCCCAACUUGGAGGAAUUGACAUUAGGCAGCAAGGAGAUCACAAUGAUAUGCCAAGGCCAUUUUGCAGACCUCUUUAACAAACUAAAAUUUCUUGGCCUAUUUUUCUUUCCUGAUACUUCAGCAUUCCCAUUUGAUCUUCUUCAAAAAUUCCCAAACAUGGAAAAACUUCAUGUGUGUUUCUCUGAUUUUGAAGAGCGAUUCCCAUAUGGCGUUCAUUGUGAAGAGAGAAAUGCAAGGGCUCUUGCACAGAUAAGAUACUUAAGACUGGAAGGACUUCCCAAAAUGGGGCAUAUGUGGAGUCCUGAAUCUCCACUAGCCCACGUUCUUCCAAAUCUGGAAACUCUAGAAAUAAGGAGUUGCUACGGUUUGGUUAGUCUGGCACCAUACACUGCCUCUUUCCAAAAUCUUACAACUCUAUAUGUGGGGCAGUGUGAAAUAUUUGUAAACAUAGUAACAUUGUCCACGGCUAGAUGGAUGGUGAAUCUCACCAAGAUGCAUGUAAGUGAAUGCAGUAAUGUAAGAGAAAUUAUACUGAACGGUGGAGAUGAAGAUCAACAACAAAGUGAGAUUAUUUUCGGUAAAUUGGGAAGUAUAUGUCUUGAUUGUUUAGAAAGCCUCACCAGCUUCUACCCAGUACCAUCUUUGGUAGAAGUGUGGGUGAUACACUGCCCCAAGAUGAGUGUUUUCACCCAGGGAGUCCUAAGCACACCAAAGCUAAAAGCAAUUUAUUCAGAAGAAAGCGAUAAAUUGAUUUGGAAGAAAGACCUUAACAACACAAUAAAUCAAUUGCACAAAGAAAGGAAUGAUCGGCUUUCUGAACAAGGCGCUUCAUGCAGUUGUUAGCUGCAAACAAAUUUUGGAAGAGAUAUUAGAUCAAUUAGCAUCUCUGUCGACUUGCAUUUGAGUUUUAUCAACCCAUCUCCAUUAUCCUUUUGAAGUAACUGUUUGUCACACUGCUACUGUGGAGGAGUCACAGACAUGGCAGUACUCCAUCUGGGUCUUUUGUUGCUUGCUUUUGUGGUUAAUCUUUUUGUAAAUAAAAUUCUUGUUUUCUUGCAAAUAUGUAUCUUGACAUGUUUGGACAAGAACUGGUGACUGAUUAAUGAUAAACUCUCUAAAUGAGAUUUGAGUUCC